UGAUGGACCCCUGGCCAUGAAGAUUCCAAAAGAAGCCCUGUCCUGUAAAUCCACUCCCUUAAUUAUCACAUUCCUCUUUUAAAACUAACAAACACACAACAUUAAUGUAAAUCCCACUCCAUUAACGUUGAAAAAAAUUGGACAUAACGUAUAUUAUGGAACUACGAGGUUGCAUAUUUUUUACGAAGCCUGCUCUUUUGAGCAAACCAGAAAAAAAAAUGUUAACGCCCAAACAUCAGCCAUUUUCUUUCACUUUCUUCACUUCUGGAACAAUGGAUUUACCGUCAACGAGUCGCAAUGCUACAGCAAUGGACGUGGACUGCAGUGUUACAGAGGCUACAGACAUGGACGUGGACUCCAGUGUUACUGAGGCUACAGAAAUGGACGUGGACUACAGUGGCUACAGGCAUGGACGUGGACUCCAGUGUUACAGAGGCUACAGGCAUGGACGUGGACUCCAGUGUUACAGAUGCUACAGACAGGGACGUGGACGCCAGUGUUACAGAUGCUACAGACAGGGCCGUGGACGCCAGUGCUACAGAUGCUACAGACAUGGACGUGGACUGUAGUGUUACAGAGGCUACAGAUACUGAAAACCUACCAGAGAUUCCAGUAGAAACUCAUGUAACAGUAAAUAGUGAUGUCACACUUCCUAAGUGUACUAAACAAACUAGUGAACAGUAAAAAUAUUUCCUAAUUAAUGAAGUAUAGUGAAGUUGUAAAUUUUUUAUUAAAUUUGUAAUUCCCUAGGCCUCUUUCAUUUUUUUACACCCAUAUUUAAUAUAACAUAAAAGUUGAGUAAUGUAUUAACAAUAUUUAGCAAUAAACCCUACAUCUGUAAAGCCAUUUUAUAUGCAGACACACUAAACCUGCAGACUCACAUGGACCUUCACAACUACCCCACACGCCAUGCCUCUAGAUUCGUCCUACCCCAACAUAGAUCAGCCCUCUUCGAGAAAAAACCGUCAUACGUAGGCCAAAAACUGAAAAACCUCCUUCCAGACCACCUCCGGACCCUGACUGGCAACAGACUGAAGAGCUUGCUUAAAGAAUUCCUGUUGAAGAAUCCUGUGUACAAGAUAGAAGAGUUCCUGGAAUUAAUGAACACAUCUCCUUAAUUCUACUUAUUGUAACUUGACAAAUUACUGUUCUUAAUGUUCAUGUAAUAAAUAAAUAAACAGUUUAGUUUGAAUUGA